AUGGUGAACUUCCCUCAGUGCCAGGAGAUGACAGUGAGCUUCCCUCAGAGCCAGGAGAUGACAGUGAGCUUCCCACUGUUCUGGGAGACGAGGGCGAACAUCCUGCGGUGUGGGAAUGCCAUGGCGAGGCUCCUGCGGAUUGGGACAAGGACAGUGGACAUCUCCCGGAGUGGGACGAGGAUGGUGGAUGUCUCCUUGUGGAACACCGUGAGCGAGGUGGAGCCUGCCGAGAAAUACCUGGAGCUGGAGCAGAUUGGCCAAGGGGCUUUUGGAACCGUUUACAAAGGACUGGACAGGGCCACUGGAGGAGAGGUGGCCAUAAAGAAAAUGAGUCUCCAAGGGCAGAACAGGGAACGAGCUGUGAAUGAGAUCCUGCUCCUGAAGGACAAGAAGAACCCCAACAUUGUCAACUCUUUGGACAGCUUCCUUGUUGAUGGAGAGCUGUGGCUGGUGAUGGAAUACAUGGAUGGAGGAACUUUGCAGGACGUUGUCAGACAGACACGCAUGGCUGAAGGAGAGAUGGCAGCUGUCAGUCGGGAGUGUCUGCAGGGCCUGGAUUUCCUCCAUUCCAACCGGGUGAUGCACAGGGAUGUGAAGAGCUCCAACAUCCUCCUGGGAAUGGACGGCUCUGUCAGGCUGGCUGAUUUUGGCCUCUGUGCUCAGCUAAGCCCUGAGCAGGACCGGCGCAGCUCCCUGGUGGGCACUGCUCACUGGAUGGCCCCAGAAGUUGUGACCAGAUCUCCUUAUGGCCCCAAGGUGGACAUCUGGGCCUUUGGCAUUGUGACCAUCGAGAUGGUGGAAGGAGAACCUCCUUACUUCAGGGAAACGGGGGCCAUGGCUCGCGCUCUGAUCCGGCAGAACGGGACCCCGCAGCUGCAGGAGCCCCGGCGCCUGUCGGCUCUGCUGCGGGACUUCCUCGAGUGCAGCCUGGAGCCGGACGAGGAGCGGCGCUGGGCUGCCCAGGAGCUGCUGCAGCACCCAUUUUUGUCAUCAGCCAAGCCUCUCUCCAGCCUGACCCCUCUGAUCACUGCAGCGAAGCAACUGAGGGAGCAGCGGAGGAGAUGAAGCACUUGAGGGAGCUUCUUGUUCAGUAGUUAGGACAAUUAGUUAGUUAUUGUAGUUAGCACUGCUAGUUAGUUAUGGUAGUUAGCUCUGGUAGUUAGUUAUGACAGUUAGCACUGAUAGUUGGUUACGGUAGUUAGCACUGAUAUUUAGUUAUGGUAGUUAGGACAGCCUGUUUGUUAUGACAACUUUUGGAAUAAAAAUUCUCUCAAACCUCGA